AGCUACUCACUUUAUCAGCAGCACCCACUUACUCUCAUCAAAGAGUAGGAGAAGGGACAAGGGCUUGAAAGGGCUUCUAGAAGCAGCCGCAUAAAAAGGACCCCAUUGUGCAAGGCACUGUAAAGCAUAAGGAAAAAAAGGAGAAAGGACAAAUAUAUAUUGCAAGAGCAUUUUAACAAGACUGCAUCCCACCAAGAGCUGGACGUGGCUCCAGCCCCUCAGGGAUGAAGAGCGCCCCAACACACGGAUGAAGAGCGCCCCAACACACGGAUGAAGAGCGCAGGGGGAUGGAUCACUGAGUUUAAUUCUUUAGCACACAAAGUUCUACAGUUCCACUACUGGGAGUGCCCACUUCUUCAGAGUUCAGCAAGAUUUUGGCCUUGUACAACUGGAAAGAACUGGGAAAUUUACUCUUAAAUCUUCAAUUAUGAACAACCCUCUGUAGGUGCAUAGGACACACAAUGGAUAAAAGGGAAAAGACAUUCAUUUCACUUUAGAGAGAGAGAAAAGAUGUUCUUCAAGUGGAUUGUGCACUUAGCAGUUUGGUUCUUGGUGCAGGCAGUAACAGAAAAAUGCCAGAAAGGAAAUAUGUCUUCAAACACUGCUUCUCAAGUCUUGUACGGAUCUAAUAUCACCCUCUCAUGCCGGCUAACGCAACAUGAGCGAUGCAACAAGAUAGCCAUAUUCCAUAAUGGCUCUGACAUAAAAAGCAUUCAUGGCACUGAAAUAAGCACUGACAUUUCAGUUCUCGACUAUGGCAGACUCGUGUUUACUUGCAAAUUGUUAUGCGACUACACAAAAAAGCUCAUUUGUGGAAUCGAUAUAGAAUCUGGAAAUCCUCCAGAUCAGCCAACAAAUGUAUCCUGUAUUCAGUUUGGAGAAGAUGGCAAUCCAACUUGUAGAUGGGAUAAAGGAAGAUUUACCCACAUAAACACUACAUACAUGCUGCAGCUGUCAAAUGGAACAGAUAUCUUCAGUUUUUUAGAAGAGAAUGUGAAUAAUAAAUAUGGCUUACUGGAUCUGAGAAAAAAGCUGAAUUUUGAAUCCACUUACACAGCUGUGGUUGCUGCUUCAAAUGGACUGGGAAGUGCUUUUUCACAGCCACUCACAUUCAUGUUAAUAGACAUAGUGAAACCUCGCUCCCCAACAGACAUUACAGUGAAAUUUGACAAUAAUUCUGCAACAAAUUGCACCAUUUUGUGGCAGGAUCAACAAGCAACACAACGCUUUAGACUGAGAUAUCGACCAAUUACCAGCCAGCAGUGGACUAUGGUUAACUGGUUAAGUACUAGAAGAUACAGCCUGCAUGAUCUGAAGCCACAUACAGAGUAUGAAUUUCAGGUUAGCUGCAGGUUUCAUCCCAGCCGUGGAAUAUGGAGUGACUGGAGUACAUUUCAAACACGGACUCCGGAAGCUGUGCCAGUUGGGCUGUUAGAUGUGUGGUACGUAAUGCAGGAUAUAGAUUCCCAAAGACAAACUGUUACUCUCUUUUGGAAGGCUUUAAAUGAAUCAAAAGCAAGAGGAAAGAUCCUGCAUUAUAGUGUGACCUUUCAAGAGGAAAGCCACAGAAGUCCUAAAGCAGCAGAAGUGAACACUACCACGCAAACUCACUAUGCUAAGGUUAUCCCCAUGAUGAACUAUAACAUAACGGUCUGUGCUCAUAAUUCGAAAGGAACCUCUCCUCCUACAUCCAUUAGUACUCAUCUGAAUGUUUUAGAUUUACCUCCUCCUCGGAGCGUCUUUGCUACAUCAAAGGGGAACAACAGCAUCUUUGUCACUUGGGAGCCUCCCAGUAAUCCUUCAUCAUUCAUCAAUGGAUACGUAGUGGAAUGGGUAAGAAGAAGACAUAGAAAUACCAGCUCCAGACACCAUCUAAACUGGAUAAAGCUUCUGGCAUCUGACUUGUCUACAGUCAUUUCAGAGAACAUAAAGCAUCGUGCGUGCUAUCACAUCAAUGUAUUUGCACUUUAUAACAAUAGAGCUGGACAAGUGGCUUCAACCAGGGGAUACUCAAGACAGGAAGUCUUGUUUUUUGCAGCACCAGCAGCUGGACCCCAGGUUUACGCAACAGCAGAGGCAGACGGCGCUCGGGUUUCAUGGGAUGAAAUCCCCGACCAUCAGCAAAUGGGCUGCAUCGCCAGUUACAACAUAUACUUGCGGAACAAAAACGCAGAUGUGGUCCCUAAGAUCUACAGCAUUCGCCAAGAGAGUUCCAGAAAUUCAUUUUAUAUCAAAAAUUUACAACAAGGUGUGGACUAUACCUUGUGGAUGACAGCUUCAACACUGGCUGGAGAAGGUCCUAAAGGAAACGAACAACCGGUUUACCUGGAAAGUGCUUCAGAAUGGACUUUUAUUUUGUCCGUUUGUAUCUUCAUUGUCAUCUCCAUCUGCAUGUGCUCUGUGCCAUGUAUUAACAAAGCGUUAUGCUCCCUCUUUUCCAUCUUUGUACCUCAGUGGUACAGCAAAGCCAUUCCAGAUCCAGCUAACUCUUCAUGGGCUAAGAAAUUCACAUCUGUGAACGAUGAACUAAGUUUGUAUCCCAAACCAUUCCUAAGCAAUUUGAGCAGUUUCGAGGAGCCUGAAACUAUAGAAGUAGAGGAGGUCUUUAUAAAAAGAGACUCUCUGGCUUUCGAGGACCAGCUCAUCUUCAACGUUAAAAGCAAUGGAAGUCAGGAUUGGCAAAUUGGUAGCUUUGAGAAGCAGGACUCUGCUAAAAAGAACUCUGAAUGCAAACCUUUGGCAACAAGCAUAGCAGAUGAUGGAGACAACUAUGGGUGUCAGCUUCCCUACUUGUACAAGAAACUAAUUGCAGAAGAAACAGAACAGAUUCAAACUAUUUCUAAUUAUCUUCCAAAUCCACUUAUGGACACAACAGUGAAUUAUUUGCCUUCAAAUGUAUUAGUGUCCACAGUAGAAAAUAAUGAAGAUAACAGUGAACUUGAAUACAAUUCAAUCUCUGUUUUCCCAACCACCUCUCUUCUGACACCAGUGUUUUCUUGUGGAGGAAACCUUACAUUGGAUGCAAUAAAAGUGGACUGCAAUUCUUUCAAAGGGUAAGCUGGCAAAGCAUCUCUAAGAUUCUGGCCUCAUUUUGUGCACUUUAGUCAGAUCCACAAAUACCAUAGUUAUUUUUAGAGCUAAUUAUGUAACUUUAGAGGUGCUAAAUCCAAAAACAUCAACAAACUCUGGACUUCUUCAGAAUUGCUUUAAUGCCUUGGUUUGCAACGCUGUUUUGAAGUCUUACAAGAACCUACUCUUCAAGAGCAGUGAUGUGUUCCUACAGAUCAGAAGCUGAGAGUGCCUUACUUUAAGGUACAAGUAUCGUACUGACCUGCCAAGUCAGCUUCAUUAAUCACAAGCUCGUUAUGUUGUGUUGCCUCAGACCCAGCCCAGAACAUGGAGUGACCAAUAUAAAACCCCUGGAAAAAGAUGGGUUAAAUAUUUGUAAGAAAGAACGACACAAACUCCGAAAAACCCAACAAGAUGGUUUUAUUCAAGCAUUACCAGUCCAAGAAACAGAGUGAAGUUUACAUUAAAUAUUUAUGUUUAGCAUUAAUAUUGAUUUUAUACUCCUUUGUUCUUGUAUAUAAUUUGUGAGAUGGUCUGUCAUUAGACUGUGGCCUUCCAGUUCUGGGCAAUCUUUGGAAAAAUCCACCGUACUAUAUUGCAGUUGUCUUUCUGCAGGCAGUGGAUUUGAGUAACUUUCCUCUGGAGAAACAUUUGUAGAUGCAGUUUCCAACAGAGCAUCCAUAAAUGUAGUUCUAGAAUUGGUUUUAUUUUAGACUUUGGAUACUUGUGGUUUCAUGUCUCUAAGUUUUGUCACCACCAAAAAUAUAUCACAAGCUACUGUGUAAUUUAAAUAUUCCUGUCCCAUGUUCUAUGCCCGUACUACUGGUUUUAGAUAUAUUCCUUUAGCGUUGUUAUUUUUGUACAAUUGAUAAUAUAGCAAAAGAAUAAGUAGAAUCAUGCAAGAAUACAGCUGGGAUUUCAGAUGGCUCAGGGCAGCAUCUGCCCCAUCUAAACCACUCCACAUAGGAGUUGUAUUUAAAACGCUUACAGCAGCAGUCCCCAAAGAUAGUUUGUUCUAGUGCUCCAACAACCCCAUAGAUAGUUCUACCUAAUAUCCAACCUACAUUUUCCUCGUUACAAUUUAAGAAUAUUACCUCUUGCCCUGCCUCCUGUAUAGAGUAUGUAAUACAAAAUAGCUUGUUACAAAGUGGAUAGUAAUGUAUUUGAAGAUUUAUCAGAUCUCCCAUCCUUUCCUUCUCCAGAUUGAAGUGCCAGGUCUUUCACCUUUCCUUGUGUCAUGUUUACUAGACCUCUAGUAAUUUUUGUUGCUCUCCUUAA